CCAGUAACUCUGGCCCAGCCCAACCGCAAGAAGCGUCGGUCGUCUUCUUCCCCUGGAGCUCCGCGAAUCCUCCGCGACGAGGCAGAAAUGGAGGAAACUCCGACGAUUCCCUUCAAGAAUCUUCACAGCAGAGAGUGUCAAGGUCACAAGAAGAAGGUGCAUUCCGUGGCUUGGAACUGUACUGGGACGAAGCUCGCUUCGGGCUCCGUGGAUCAGACUGCUCGCGUCUGGCACAUCGAGCCUCACGGUCAUGGCAAGGUCAAAGAUCUUGAGCUGAAGGGGCACACGGAUAGCGUGGAUCAACUGUGCUGGGAUCCCAAGCACGCGGAUCUAAUUGCAACCGCAUCGGGUGACAAGACUGUGCGGCUUUGGGAUGCUCGCAGUGGAAAAUGCUCGCAGCAGGCAGAGCUCAGUGGAGAGAACAUCAACAUUACCUAUAAGCCUGACGGAACACAUGUGGCAGUUGGUAACAGGGAUGAUGAAUUAACAAUCCUGGAUGUUCGAAAGUUUAAGCCAAUUCACAAGCGAAAGUUCAAUUAUGAGGUAAAUGAGAUUGCGUGGAACAUGACUGGAGAGAUUUUCUUUUUGACAACAGGAAAUGGUACGGUGGAAGUGCUAGCAUAUCCAUCUCUUCAGCCCAUCGACACUCUGAUGGCUCACACUGCUGGUUGCUACUGCAUUGCAAUUGACCCACUAGGAAGGUAUUUUGCUGUUGGAAGUGCAGACUCCUUGGUCAGCCUCUGGGAUAUUUCUGAGAUGCUCUGUGUGCGAACAUUUAUGAAGCUCGAAUGGCCAGUGAGGACAAUAAGCUUCAACCAUACUGGAGACUAUAUCGCUUCUGCCAGUGAAGACUUGUUCAUUGAUAUUUCAAAUGUUCAAACGGGACGAACAGUACAUCAAAUACCAUGCCGGGCUGCUAUGAAUAGUGUGGAAUGGAAUCCUAAGUGCAAUUUGCUUGCAUACGCUGGGGACGACAAGAACAAAUAUCAGGCCGAUGAAGGGGUCUUUCGGAUAUUUGGCUUUGAGAGUGCUUAAUGCCUUUGGGCUCGGUGUACUUUUAAGUUAUCUAGGGAAUGUUAUAUUUCUUGUAUGAUUUGAGGAGUUAUCUUAAUCGAUUUAAAUGAGUUCCCAGCUAUAUUAUCGAGUAUUGAGGCACAUGCAGAAACUUUCUUCCUUUUUACUGAUUUGAUUGAUAUCAGAACUUCCAGAUCUAGAAACAAGAGCUUGAGCAUUGGCUCUGCUGACAUUGUUAAGUUAUCCAUACCUCCUAAGCUCACUUGCACAA